AUGUUGCCUUCGCAAGCAGAGGUGGCUAGCUUCCCUCAACAGGAAGGGGUGUUUGAUUAUUUGCCGUAUAUCGACCCGGAGCCCUCCAACGACGUGUUGGCCGUUGUUGACGAUUUGAUUCAGGAGGAACUCAUGAAGUUCAACCUGAACCAGUUGCAUCCAAAGCUCGCAAACGACCCAUCAUGCAUUGGAGACGAGGACAGAAGUCUCCCAGUGACCGAGGAUGGAGUGGGCGGUAUCAGUUUGUCCAAUUACAGCAACCUGCUGAACGAACAAAACGAACUGGAUAUCAAGAAGAUGAAGACGGCUUUAUCCUAUUCGCAGCUGCGGUACCGCACCCUUGUUCUCAACACGCAAGAGAACGCACAGGAGACCAACAAGAACAAGUGGAUGGUCCAUCUAGAUAAUUUGAAACAGCAUCAGGACGCAUUAGAAAGAACGAUCGAGCGCAAGAAACGACAAAGGGAACAGGUUAAUGGCGAACGGAAACGUCAGUGCACGCAGUUCGAGCCGCUGAAUGACUAUUUGAAGACCAGGUGGUCGGAGAAGUUGGAGGAGCUGGUGGACAUUGGAGUCGAGGCAGCUCUUCAUGAGGCAGAGAAUUAA